GCAGGUGGAAGCUGGGAGGUGAUGUGUGGGUGGAGGGUUUUUGGUUGGUUUUUUUUUUUUUUAAACCUUUAAUCAAGAUAAAGGACUGUAAGGGGAAAUCUCUUAAAUUUGAAGAUGGGGCAUUGUGGAAUGUUAGUUCUGAAAAGGGCUUGGCAAAUAGUCAUAUUUAAAACUGUGUGAAUGGCAAUUGUGUACAAAUACAGGACUGGGGGGGUUCGUGAAAAGAAUGUAAUGCUGGGGUAGGGAUGUCUUCUUCCAGCUCUGCAGAGUCUGCCUCUUGAUAAGACACCAGCAGCCUGCUUAGCUUUUUAAAGUUUCCUUUACCUGAUUCAGUUCUCUCUUUCUCUCUUAACAAAAAAUAAAAGGGAAAUAAAAGAACAAAGAAUCCAAGCCACCUGGAGCUAUGGCUGGUGAUCAGAACUUGCGCUCCACCGCCAUUAACACGCACACUUCUGAUCAGACCUGGUCUCUUUUAUAAAGUUACUACAAGACUGCUUUCUACUGGAAAACCGUGAGCUUUCCCUCCCCAGCCCUGUCCCCAUGUGCUCUGCUGACUUCCUCCUUUGCUUAUUUGUAGCACAGACUGAUUGUGAGCUAAGUGAGAGAAGGAACAAGUUCUCUUUUGGACAUUUGAUAAUUGGUAUUUUAGAAUAUUCCAUAAUAACUAUAUGAACUUGUGUCCCAAUGCCCUUGAGCUCCUUCUAGAAAUAAAUGGCAGCAUUGCAUGAGAGUUAUUAUAUUCAGUCUUAAGGGAGGGAGAUUCCCCUCUUCUUACACCAAAUCUGAUAGCCACCUGGACUAUGGAAUUAUGAAGGCUUAGGGGAUUAUGAAACUGUCUCUGAAUCAUGACUCCUGCUUAGCUGAACAGUUUUGGAAUGUGAUAUAAUUAAACUUGAUAUUUGACUGUUUGUAUAAUGGAAUGAAAGGUCUCAUGGUCAAAGCAUUUUCCUCGCCCAAAGGCUUUUUGAAAGCCCAGGGCUCUUACAGUGCAAGACACAUAAUGCUUCAGUUCUCCAGCACUUUCCCCUACUUAAGUAGCUUUAAAUGACCUUUGCACCCACAGGUCAUGAUUUCAUAGGGAUGGCUAAUGACAUCUCUUGUUCUUAGCUAAAAGAAAUGGAGGAAGGAAAGUCAACCCAUAGCUCUCUUCUAGCCAAGGCUGGCUGAUUUCUGAGCAGAUAGAAACACAUCUUCAUUCAAAGCCUGUCAGUCUCUUUAGCUUCCUGUUGAUAAAGACUGUGGAGACAGGAUGAAGGUGGGAGAAGGACACUAAGCUUUAUACACAGAAAAGAUUGCUGCUUUUUUUGAAAUUUCACUACUUUUCCUCACUGUGUCAUGGAAAGAGGCUUCUGUUGUGGUUGUUUUUUUUUUUUUUUGAGAACUGUGUUUAAAAACAACAACAACAAAAAAACCAGACAAACAGAAAUCAUGUUAAGCAGAUGCCAGGUGCCUUGCAGAUGUGGAAAUACAGCUGGGAUUGCUGCCUAUUCUCACUCAAUGGCAUGUUGGACCGAAUGGGUGCAUGUUUCUAGUUUUUUUUCUCCCUUCCCCCUUUCCUCUGUCUUUCAGUUCAAUUACAUUGUGAGAUUAUUUUUUAUCUGUUAUCUUGUUUGUGUGAUGAGUUUUAAAGGGGGAAAAAAUGAACACAAUCCUGUAGCUGAAUCCAUGGUGUGUGUUUGGGAUGAGGGAGGGAGCAUGGAGAAAAGUCCUUCUUUAAGAAAACACAAAAAACACACACAAAAAAAGCUGAAAAUGUGUAAAAUCCUGUAUCAUUUAUGAAAUAUGUAUAAAAGAGCAAUGUACUUCUGGAACAAUAAAUAACUAUUCAAUUUUUGAAUCGGUGCUCCUGAAUAACAUCACUUUCCCCAGCUAUAUAUAGUAUGUGUGGCAGCCAUCUCCUGAGUGUCCUCCAUUUCUUUUUGUUUAGGUGGUUUCUUCCUGACCUUAACAUCACUGAGGCCACGUGGUGCAGAUAAUAGCUUUCCUGAAGAAGCCUGGAUGGAGAUCUUGCUGCCAUACCUAGCUGCAUAACACAGGGAUCUCAAGAGCAAUCGAGGUGGUGAGGUAGAAGUAGAGAUGUUUGGUCUAACAAAGGUGGCUACCUUCGUUUGACCAGCAUAGUAGUUCCCUGUGGAGGCUGACAACAUCUGGAGACAUGUGACAGGUUGCAGAAUAGGAAAAUAUAUAUGAGUAACACCCAGCAACCUAGAAUGUACCGAGCAUACUUCUGUAGUGCAUUCAAAUGCUGUUUCAAAGGAAAGUCCAAGUUUUAAGCUUGUAUUCCUUCCUUACUGAGCCCUUCAAUGGCUGUGACUAGUCUGAUUAGUCAUGAUGAUAUAUCUUUAAUUCAUUAACUUUAUGUAUCAGCAGUCUGUGUACUUAAUCCUAACUUUAUGGAACAUUAGGAUGAGAUGUUCAGUGCCAGAAGAUUUUUAUCAUGUCUGACUGUAAAAAUUUCGUGAUUGUCAACUUUUCCAACAGUGAAGUCUCUUGUCUGUUUUUAAAGCCAAAGAUGAGGGACUAGAGGCUGUUAACGGUGGUGCGCUGCCUUUAAACACAGCUGAAAUUUAGUUCAGCAGUGCUGGCAAACCCUUUUCCUCCAGGCAGCCCGUGUCUGCUGCCACGUGGUGGCAAACAGCUCAGAACGGUUGUGUAAGAAUGCAUCUGUUUUGUCAUCCAGAAGAACUGAAGGUUUUGACACUUCAGUUGAAAACUCCAAAAUCCCUAUUUUGAAAGUAAGAAAAUGCUGUAACAAAGUUGUUCCUGCACAUACUUACAUGUUGUUCUACAGAUAUUAUGGGGCAAGAAAGAGUAAAGAAUCUAUAAUUGUAUCCUGAAAUAUGGGCUGCUCUGGGGACCUUGUCAGUCUGGAAGCUUGCUGUCUUGCUUGUCCAGGCACUGCUGCGCAUGUGGGCUCUGCUGGGAGUGACACCACACACCUUAAACUCAAAACUCACUGUUUCUACUUUAAUUGCUAUUGAAUACUAAUGUUGAAGGAGUUGAUGUAUGUUUGUUCUCCUUUACACUGUUGUGUACCAGCAUCAGCAAAGUGUUUUGCAGUAGCUAUUUCAAGCCUAAAAAACAGAUGAUUGAGAACUGGCUGACUGGCAGAGCUCUGAGGGUUCUGAUCAGUGGUUUAGAAUUUAAUUGGAUGCUGUAACUAGGGCUGUUCCCCAGGGGUUGAUACUGGACCCAGUCUUGUUGAACAUCAUCUUCAAUGAUGUGGAUGAAAGAAAGGAUAGAGUCCGCCCUCGGCAAGUUUGCUAAUGGUACAACUCUGGGAGGAGUAACUGACACACUAGAAGGCUAUGCUGCCAUUCAACAAGACCUUGAUGGACUGGAGAGUUGGGCAGAAAGGGGGGUUCAGCAAGGGUAAAUGUAAGUUCCUGCACCUGGGGAGGAAUAACUGCAUGCAUCAGUACAGGUUAGGGGCUGACCUGCUGGAGAGAAGCUCUGAGGAGAAGAACCUGAGUAUCCUGGUGGACAAGUGGUUGGCCCUGAGCCAGUGGUAUGUUUUUGUGGCCAAGAAGGCCAGUCGUAUCUAGGGAUGCAUUAAAAAGAAUGUGGCCAGCAAGUUGAGGGAGGUGAUCCUGCCCGUCUACUCUUCCUUGGUGAGCCCACAUCUGGAGCAGUGUCCAAUUCUGGACUCCUUGGUUCAAAAAAGGCAGGGAUAUUCUAGAGAGAGUCCUGCAGGGGGCCACAAAGAUGACGAGGGGUCUGGAGCAUUUCCCAUAUGAGGAAGGGCUGAGAGACCUGGGCCUGUUCAGCCAAAACUGAAAGAUGGUACUGUCUAUGUUUGGAAAUAUCUGACGUGCAGGAGACAAAUGGAUGGGGCCAGGCUUUUUCAGUCGUGUGGUGACAGAAUGGGGAGCAAUGGGUAAACACCAGAAGUUCCAUGCAAACACAGAAAAAAAUAUUUACUGUGAGGGUGAUGGUACACUGGAACAGGCUGUUUGGAUAGGCUGUGGAGUCUCCUUCUCUGAGGGUAUUCAAGACCUGUCUGGAUGCUUUCCUGUGCAACCUACUGUAGGGAACCUGCUUUAUCAGGAGAUUGGGCUCAAUGAUCUCCAGACGUCCCUUCUGACUACUGUGAUUUCUGGAGAAGCUGGCAGUCCGUGGCUUGGAUAGGUACGCUCUUUGCUGGGUGAAGAACUGACUGGAUGUCUAGGCUCAGAAAGUGGUGGUGAAUUGAGUUAAUACUGGAUAGCAGCCAGUCACGAGUGGUCUUCCUCAGGGAUUGGUACUGGGACCUGUCCUGUUUGAUAUCUUUAUUGAUGACCUGUAUGAGGGCAUUGAGUGCACCCUCAGUAAAUUUGCAGAUAACACCAAGUUGGGAGGAAGUGUUGAUCUGCCUUGGGGUAAGAAGGCUCUGCGGAGUGAUCUGGACAGACUGGAUCACUGGGCUGAGGCCAAUGGGAUGAGGUUCAACAAGACAAAAGGCCAGGUCCUGCACUGUGGUCACAACAACCUCAGGCAACAGUAGAGGCUUGGGUUAGAGUGGCUGGAAGACUGUGUAGAGGAAACAGACCUGGGGGUAUUGAUCAGUGCUCAGCUGAACAUGAGCCAGCAGUGUGCUCAGGUGGCCAAGGAGCCAAUGACAUCCUGGCUUGCAUCAGAAAUGGUCCAGUCAGCAGGAGCAGGAGGUGAUGGUGCCUCUGUACUCAGCUCUGGUGAGGCUGCACCUCAAGUGCUGUGUUCAGUGUUGAGCCCCUCACUAGAAGAAAGGCAUGAAGGCCCUGGAGCAUGUUCAGAGAAGGGCAGCAAAGCUCUGACGGGUCUGGAGCACAGGCCUUACAGGGAGUGGCUGAGGGAACUGGGAUUUCUCAGUCUGGGGAAGAGGAGGUGCAGGGGAGACCUUACUGUCCUUUACAGCUCUUUGGAAGGAGGUUAUGGCGAGGUGAGGAUCAACCUAUUCUAUGUAGCUAGCAACAGUACAAGAGGGAAUGGCCUCAAGUUGCACUAGAGGAGAUUCAGGUGGGAUGUUAGGAAAUACUAAUUCUCCAAGAGAGCGGUCAGGCGCUGGAACAGGCUGCCCAAGGAAGUGGAGGAGUCACCAUCCCUGGAGGUGUUUGAGAAAUGUUUAGAUGUUGUACUGAAGGACAUGGUUCAGUGGAAAAUAUUGAUGAUAGGUGGACUGUUGGACUUUUCCAAGACUGUUGGGGGUCUUUUCCAACCUUGGUGGUUCUGUGAUUCUCUAGUAUGUUUCUGUCCCACUGACACAAUUUCAGGUGCUGACAGUGCUACCAGAAUCUUAAUGUAACAUUGUGUUCUUAAGACCUCAUGAAGUAUAAAUAGCAGCAUCUAUUGCAAUAUUCUGGUGCCUGUUUUUCUAUCAGUUUUAUUGUUUAUUUGCUUUUAAUCUCUCCUCUCAUUUUCUGUGAAGGACCUUUCAAAUAAACAAGGUUACAAUUGACUGGAGAAAUUUGAGAUUCCCUUUUGACAUGUCUGCUGGCCUCUAGAGGAGUUGUUCCUGGCCUCUUUCUUGAAGACCACAGAAGAAACAUUUUCUUUGACCCUGUAAUUCUUCCACCUGGCAGGUUUGCUGUCUGUUUGUAUGGAAAUUGAGAGUCAUGGAAAAAACACUGGGUAAUGUAGGACUUUUGGAAAAACGCUCUUAAACACCAAGUUGAACAUCAGAGGACUCAGAAAGGGAAGGCAACUAACUGCUCUCAUUCACUAGGAGUUGUCCCUGGACCCCUGCUCCGCCUACAUCAGCCUGAACGAGCCCUGGAGGAACACCGAUCAUCAGAUAAAUGGCUCCCACGGCCAGCCCACGUGCGAUAACCAGAUCGAUGGGGAGUGGUACCGCUUCACCGGCAUGGCUGGCGAUGCUAUGCCCACCUUCUGCAUCCCUGAGAACCACUGUGGGACGCAUGCUCCCAUCUGGCUGAACGGCAGCCACCCACGAGAGUCGGAUGGCAUCGUCUCACGCCAGGCCUGUGCCAGCUUCAAUGGGAACUGCUGCCUGUGGAAUACCACGAUUGAGGUCAAGGCGUGUCCGGGCGGGUACUAUGUCUAUCACUUAACAAAGCCCAGUGUCUGUUUCCACGCGUACUGUGGGCAUUUUUAUGACAUCUGUGAUGUGGUGGAUUGCCAGGGCUCCUGCCUGGACACCAAUGACUGCACAUGUUCCCCAGGGACAACACUUGGACCUGAUGGACAGACAUGUCUUGAUGAGAAUGAAUGUGAGCAGGACAACGGAGGCUGCAGUGAAUUUUGUGUUAACCUGAAGAACUCCUUCCGCUGUGAGUGUGGGAUUGGGCGCACGCUGGGAAGCGAUGGGAAAACCUGUGAAGAAAUUGAAGGCUGUCACAAUAACAACGGAGGCUGCAGCCAUACCUGUAUUGAAGUGGAAGACACAUACCAGUGUGAAUGCCCGAGGGGACUUGUUCUGUCAGAAGACAACCACACCUGCCAAGUUCCAGUGCUCUGCAAGUCCAGCUCUAUUGAGGUGAGCAUCCCAAAGGAUCUGGUUGGAGGCUUGGACCUUUCUCUCAUCAACACUUCCUGCAAAGGAGUAUCCAACGGCACUCAUGUCAACAUCCAUUUCUCCUUGAAGUCCUGUGGCACUGUUGUAGACGUCAUAAAUGACAAAAUCAUUGCCACCAAUCUGGUGACUGGCUUGCCAAAGCAGACUCCAGGAAGCAAUGGGGACAUCAUUGUCCGCACCAGCAAGCUGCUGAUCCCAGUGACCUGUGAGUUCCCGCGCCGGUACACAAUCUCUGAAGGCUAUGUGCCCAAUCUCAAGAACUCACCCUUGGAAAUAAUGAGUCGUAACCGAGGCAUCUUCCCCUUCACCCUUGAGAUCUUCAAAGAUAAAGACUUUGAUGAACCCUACAGGGGUGCUCCUCCCACCCUCAAGCUUCGGGACUCUCUGUACUUUGGGAUUGAGCCCUUGGUGCAUGUCAAUGGACUGGAGACACUAGUUGAGAGCUGCUUCGCCACUCCCACCUCCAAAAUCGAUGAGAUCCUGAAGUACUACCUGAUUCAAGAUGGCUGCGUUUCUGAUGAUUCAGUGAAACAGUACACGUCAAAAGACCAUCUUGCCAAGCAUUUCCAGGUUCCUGUGUUCAAGUUUGUGGGCAAAGACAACAAGGAAGUGUUCUUGCACUGCCGCAUCCUUGUGUGCGGGGCGCUGGAUGAGAGCUCCCGUUGCGCCCAGGGCUGCCGGCGGAGGGUGCGCAGGUCAUCUGGGACGGAGGAGCAGGACGAGUCCGGGAACUUGGCAAACCACCUCCUGACAGGUGGCCCCAUCAGAAUUGACUUCGAUGACUGACAUCCAACCCCUGGAACAGCAUCUCUGCCUGAGACCGUUCUUAGCGGUGCCUUCUUUCUUGGUUGUUUGAGAAAUGAGAGGUGUUUGACAAAGCCCCACUUGAAUCUUAGGACUUGUUCCUUAGCCGUGUGACGGUUGGUUGUGAUGUAGGCUUGGCACUUGAGGCAGCCAGCUGAGUGCAAGCCAGAUGGCAGAGCAGUUUGGUUUUAGCUCCAUUCUGUUGGUUGAAAGAAUCCUGCUGCUUUGCGGGCUUGAACCGUUACCCAACUUUGUCUUUCCCUACACCCACCCACAGGUUCCACAGGACUGUACAUGUUAGGCUCCACAUACUAUUCAAGCCCUUCUUUCAUCCGAUAAUAAAAACAGUAUUGUAGCUGAACGUGUUUGCUAUGCAGUUCUGCGGAUGAUGCUGAAGCUUUUGGAUGUGCUGUGAUUUUGGAUGACCUUUAAUAAAAAUGUAUAGAAAUAUAUGUCCCAUAAUGCGCAAGUUCCUUAGCGCUACUGAAGAGUUGUCAUUGCAGGCAGCUGAAACUAGGUCUAUCACAGGCACAUUUGAAGGUUAUUUUAAAAUAGUCAUAGGUAUUUAAUAACGUUUUUUAAUUGUCUUUUGAUAAUUGCAUGUGGUUUAACAGUGUCUCUUGUAUUUAGCAUAUCAUUGUUCUUUCUUUCUCUUUUCUCUCCAUCCCCUCCAACAACGUGGUGCCUAUUGUAAGUGCUGUAGCACUUCUGUUUGAAGAAAAAGAUCAUUAAAAAUCUAUUCACGCCCA